CGUACCUACACAUUAUUUCCAAGAUAAUCCAAAGUAAAGAAAUACCGAUAUGACGAAAUUACAUAAUCUAAAUACGGAAGUUAUUAUUACUACGGUGUUGUUAUUCAUUUCUACAAUAGCAGUGGAAUAUUCUGAAACAAAUGAAGGUUACGCACAAGGCUUCAUUCCACAAUGUCCCAAUUUAUCGAAACCCGCCGAAAUCAAACCAGAACAUUUGGACAAUUUGAAAAUCGAAGUACUGAGUAACGGCUCGCUUUUGGAAGCCAAGUGGACCUCAUACAACUAUCACAACGUGAAGACCUUGGCUAAGAAUCCUGAUGUGGACUUCAGGCGAAAAACUGUCGUAUACGCACCUGGAUACUUUGAACCAACUGCAAUACCUCUUGGAAGGAAUUUGAUGGUGCUCUAUAAGAAAUUGGGAUAUAACGUGCUUUUGUUGGAAUACGUGGCUUUCACUACGAAUGUAUACCCUGUAGUCGUUCGCUUGUCACGUCCUAUUGGCAGCCAUGUUGGUGAAAUGCUAGCCAAACUAACAGCGGCCGGUCUAGACCCAAAAAAACUGGAGCUGGUAGGACUUAGCCUCGGUGGUGUGAUCAUGCCAUUUAUAGCUAGGAGAUUUCGUCAGAUCACCGGAAGGAACAUAUCUUCAAUUACCGCUCUUGAUCCUUCGGGACCUUGCGUCAGGCAUCUUGGACCAGACCAAAGACUGGAUCCUUCAGAUGCUGAUUUUGUUCUUCACAUCGCAACAAAUACUGGAGGAUAUGGCAUGACCACCCCGGUAGGACAUGUGACGGUUUAUAUCAAUGGAGGGGAGUAUCAACCAGGUUUCCUUACGUCUUUUCUUUGUGACGAUCUAUGCAGUCACUGGCGAUCGUUAUUAAUAUGGAUGUCGGCAUUGGAACAUCCCGGUUCCUUUAUAGCUAUCGAAUGUGAUACUGUGCAGAAAGCGAAAGAUCAUCAUUGUUUUGAUAGAAAACCGAUGGUAACAAACACUCUGGAUCUAUAUACGGAUAGAAGUAAGCCGGGUAUUUAUUACUUGGCAACGAGUCUUAAUUAUCCAUAUUAUUUGGGUAAGAAAGGCUUGAAAAGGGGCGGCGCGGAAGUCUUGAACCACAUAAGUUCGCUUAAUGCGGUUGACGUACUGCGUGUUUGA